GGAGGAGGAGGAGGAGGAGAUGAAGGAGGGAGUGGAGGAACCUCAGCCAACUCCUCAGCCGGACCCUCCCCCAGCCCGUCACCCAGCAAGUCUCUGACCUCCGCCAUGAGAGCGCCGCCAGGUCGCAACGCUCGCCGCAGCCAGACACAUGAAGAUCCACGACAAAGACCCGGCGAGUGGUCUGAUCCCCAUCAGCAGCCCCACCCCCCCUACCAAACGCCGCCGCCCGUCCAUCAAACGGCGGCAGGGUCUGGAGGAGGACAGUGCAGACGAGCCUCCCAGUAAAAAGGUGAUAGAGGAUGUGGCGGCUGAGGAGGUGACGGCGGCGGUGGUUCAGGGCGCCGAGGAAGAGCUGCUGCCGUGUCCCAUCUGCUUCAAGACCUGCAAAUCCAGACUGGAUCUGGACGAUCACAUGGACACCCAUCCAGACACUGUCCUCAGGUGUGACCUCUGCUGCCUUUCGUUUCGGACUCACCGAGGAUUGUUGCGUCACAACGCGGGGGUCCAUAAGCUCCUCCCCCAGGACCCAAACGGACGCCCCUUCAUCCAGAACAACCCCUCCAUCCCUACUGGCUUCAACGACCUCGCCUUCAUCGACUUCUCCUGCAAGAAGUUCGCUCACAUCGCUCAGGUGUGGUGUGAGACCAACCUGCGGCGCUGCAUCAGCAAGUUCCACCGCUUUGUCUGUGACUCCUGCGAUAUGGCCUUCCCCCUGCGGUCUGCGCUGGACCUCCAUAAAACCACAUCCCACAGCGACGGCCCCGCCCCCUCUGACCCCGCCCCCACCGUCACCGCCACUGAGGAGAACAAACCAAAGGAGAACGGAGAGAACAUGGACCAGAACGGAGAGGAUGGAACUGAAAACCUGCUGUCAGACCAGGAGGACUUCAUGGGAGUCCUGGGUCUGCAGCUCACCUCUAAGGUGAAGUCUGGACCCACAGAUGACGAGAUCCACCAGGCCCACCUGGACAGCAUCAAGGUGAUCCACGUGGAGCCGCCCAACUCCAGCCUCCCUCAGGAGCCGGCGUCCGCCUACCUGCCCGAAGGUCUGGUUCCGGUCCUGGGGUUUGGGGUGAGCGGUCUGGCGGCUCUGAGCAUCCCACUGCUGGACGGCGGCACCCUGCAGGGUCUGUCCCAGCGGGACGCCCUGAACCUGCUGUCCCUGCAGCCGUUCCAGACCAGCUUCCUGCUGCAGCCCGACGGCGCCGCCGCCACGGCCGGCGGGGCCUCGCCCGCCGUCAAACCCGGGGAGGCGAGCGGCGCCGGCGUCAUGGAGCUGGCUGACAUCCAGCAGAUCCUCAAAGUGGCCACGGCAGCGCCCAAUCAGAUCCCGUCCCUGGUCAAAGCCUCAGGAUUCAGCGGAGGUCACGGUUCGGUCCAGGGUCAGAAGACCAUGCCUCCAUUAAAACCUAAACCUCCCGUCAGCCCCCGCUCCAGCCUGACUACGACCACGCCCCCCCCACUGCAGAGCUCCCAGCAGGCCUCACUGGGCUGCAUCAGCCCCGGCCUGCCCCCACCCACACUCUUCAAAAACCCCGCCUCCUCUGCAGGGGGCGGGGCUCAGACAGAGGCAGAGGGUUUAGGUGACGCCCUCACACUGCUGUCUGAUUCUCCACCUGCUGCCAUCACAGCUGUUAAAGAGGAGGCGGGGCUUAGUGGCAGGAGAGCAGGAACCAAGGUGGGGUCGAGCGGCGUGGGCGGGGCGGUGAAGGGCUCCUUCCCCUGCAGGUUCUGUGACCAGGUGUUCCCGUUCUCCGGCCUCCUGCAGGCCCACAUGCGCUUCCACCUGGGCAUCCUGCCGCACCAGUGCAACAUCUGCGACUACGUGGCUCCGGACAAGGCCACGCUCAUCCGCCACCUGCGCACGCACAGUGGUGAGCGGCCGUACGUCUGCCGCGUCUGCCACUACCCCUUCACCGUCAAGGCCAACUGCGAGCGCCACCUGCGCAAGAAGCACGCCAAGACGUCCAGGAAGGACAUCGAGAAGAACAUCAAGUACGUCACCUCCAGCGCCACCGCCAGCAUCACCGCUGCCCCCGACACGGAGACGGGCUGCCCCGGCGCCGACACCACCUGCCGCUUCUGCGGCGAGGACCUGAAGACGUACCGCGCGCUGCAGAUCCACCUGCGCACGCACAACGGCUGCCAGAGGAAGCCCUUCGAGUGCCGGCGCUGCGGCGCCGCCUUCCUGGCCAAACGCAACUGCAUCCAUCACCUGCUGAAGCAGCACCCCGAGGUCCAGGAGCGCGAGAUCGAGGACCACAUCGCCACGCUGCUGCCCGCCGCCACCGUGGCGGCCGCCCGCCCCGCCGCCGUGACGCCCGUGGCUCUGAACGGGAUCAGCCCGCAGGUCCAAGUCCUGCCGGCGCUGAAGGUGGAGGACCUGGUCUAUCCCGAGGACCCGGACCAGCCUCUCGACUUCUCCGCUAAAGGUCGAGGAGCAGGAGGCGUCCAGGUGGCUCCGCCCAUCAUCAAGACGGAGAGCUCCUCCCCCGGCUACGACUGCUCCUCCCUGGACCAGCCCAUCGACCUGUCCAUCCCCAGCAAGCGGCUGCGGAAGGAGGCGGCGAGCGGCGGGGAGGACGGCCCCGCCCCCGAGCACGCCCAGUCUAAGGACAGCGAGAAGCCGGCGAGCGUCCUCCCCCUGCAGCCCCACCCCCAGCUGGGCUGCUACCAGCUUCCUCRUGGAUCCACCCCUCCCCCCGCCACCACCCGAGCCCCCCGCCUUAAACCGCUGCUGCCCAAACCCGCCGCCGCCACCUCCUCCCUGCCGCUGAAGGAGCUGGCUCCUCUGGCGUCCAUCGCUCAGAUCAUCAGCUCCGUGUCCACCGCUCAGAGUCUGCUGGAGGGAAAACCUCCACCCGCCUCCCAGCUGGACACUGACCCCGCCCCCGUCCUGGACGCCGCAGGGGACGACGCGUCUGACGGCUCCUCCAGACGGAGGUCCCGGAAGAAACCCGCAGCUGUCGCAGCAAAGGAGAAGGUCAUCAGCGCCGCCGCCAUCGAUCUGGAGUCCAGCGGGGAGUUCGCCAGCGUGGAGAAGAUGCUCGCCACCACCGACACCAACAAGUUCAGCACCUACCUGCAGACCGGCGCCGACAUGGCGGCAAAGAGAGAUGUGGAGAAAACAGCUGGACCAGGAGAGGAGAAGGAGGGGCGAGCGAAGGAGGAGACCAAACCAGCCGCCGCCGUGUCGGCCAUGACGGUUUCUCAGCCCAAAGGAAAGAAAAACGCCUACUCCAACUCUGUCCAGAAGAUGACGUGUCCGUUCUGUCCUCGAGUCUUCCCCUGGAUGAGCUCGCUGCAGCGACACAUGCUGACCCACACAGGUCAGAAACCGUUCCCGUGUCCGCGCUGCGACGCCUUCUUCUCCACUAAGUCCAACUGUGAGCGCCACCUGCUGCGCAAACAUGGCGUCACGCACAGAUCGCUGCGACGCAACGGRGCCAUCGUCAAGAAGGAAGGAGACGAGGGCUCGCACGAGAGCGCCGGAGAGAGACCGUACCAGUGUCAGACCUGUGAGCGGACCUUCACCCUGAAGCACAGUCUGGUCCGGCACCAGCGGAUCCACCUGAGACCCCGCGGGGCCGACGGGUCCUCCGGAGCGAACGACGACGCCAGUGAGGACGGCGACUCGCCCACGCCCACCUCCACCUGCCCCCCCUCGGAGAACGAGAGCGAGUGUGGGAGCACCGGUGCCAAGGAGCUAGAGGAGGAGGAGGAGGGCGAGGGUGGGCYGGACCAUCCGGACAGCGCUACCAAACGAACCGACUCGGCCCCGCCCACCUCUUCAGAAGAAGGGGGUGGGGCUUCUUCAGCACAGGAAGCUUCACCUGACUUCACUCAGCGAGCUACUGAAUCAAAGACCGAGUCCUCCAAAGACCCCUCACCCCCCGCUGCAGAGGGCUUCAUCCAGGGGCUGCUGGAGAUCCACACCAAGCCCCCCCUGGAGCACCUCCUGCCCCCCACAGAGCCCCCCCUGGUGGGGGUGGAGUGAGGUGCCACAGUGCCAAUGGACAGACUGGUUUCCUUGAAGUGCCUUACUACUAGUUCCACCCCCUCCAGGGUUCCCCUCACUUUUUAUUACCUGUACCUGUUAAAUACCCCAAAUACCCCCCACUCCGCAUCUUUAUCAUCUGUACCUGCAGAAUAGCCCCGCCCCCCUCAGUUUCUAUCAUCUGUACCUGCAGAAUAGCCCUGCCCCCCUCAGUUUCUAUCAUCUGUACCUGCAGAAUAGCCCCGCCCCCCUC